AUGUAUCCCUGGCACCACGCCCUGAGCGCCUGGGCAAAAGGUGCGGGUCUUCAGAUUGAUGCCCUGGGUCUUGUCACACUCCUCGGAGUAGAGGAAAUGGAUCGCAGUAUUGGACGACUGAUGCCAAGUGUAUAUUUUGACUACCUGCCUCUUCUGGGUGCAUUUGUUGUAGCUGGUGACCGUUUCACAGAGAGAAAGCUUGGAUAUGCACUUUACAACAUCUCAGCGGGAAUUGUCACAACUGAGUUAUCGGGGUGGUUUUCUCGGUGGCUUCGAGCACAAGAAUUCCAUAAGAUCCGAAGUAAAGUGACCUGGGAACUUGUGGACCGGCCUCCACGACGGAAAUCAUUUUCCGUCGGCCUAUUCCUCGUCAGUGUUCCGCUUCAUGGCAUGCUUUUGGCACUCACAGUUCUGGCGGCUGACUGGUGGGGUUUCGCAAAUGUGGUUGCAAUGAUCGUCUCGGUGCUUGUGAGACGCGUACAAGUCGCGGAAAACCAAGCAGGUAUUGAUGAGAAUAUUCGCUUGGCUGAAGAUGAGGCAACAGAGAGGUUAGCGAGAUAUGAGCAUUCCAAGAACCUCAAAGAGACGCGUCAACGCGAUGGGAAGAUGGAUGAAAAUGUCAAAAUUCCCAAGCGCCCCACAGACUUUGAUCCUGUCAAGAUAAUCCUUGUGACAGAAGAAUCCAAGGUUUUGACCCUUGCUGCUCCUGCAUUUCUUAUCAAGCCUGCUUUUACUGCUGCACCCCGUAUUACCCGCCCACGUUUCUAUCUGAUAUGUCGAAUUUUUGGGUGGGUCGCAUUUGCCGUCCAUGUCAUAAGUAUUGGCAUGGCUGCACUAUAUACCCAGAUUUGCACUGUCGUAUUGAUGAUCACGGCGACAGUCUUGACAGCAUAUAAAGUGGGUUGCGAGGACUCUCGGCUAGAAAUUACUAGCAUGGGAAAGCCACACGGCGAGUAUGAGAGAAGCGAAGAGUGGAGUUGCUGGGUUACAUCAAGAUUGAAAGCUACGAUUUCCUCGUAUCCAGUAGGAUAUACUGAAUGGGAGCCGACGCAAGGAUCAUCGGUUGAAAUUCUGAAAACACAAAAAGUCAAAGAAACGAUUUCCUCGUGGCCAUGGAGUCGCGGAAACACAACCACAACCACGGCCGACUUGGAACAUUCAGCACCUACAAAGAACACUCGAGCUGUCCAGGAACGACGACAAGAUCUUUUUGCCUGGCUGGAUCUCACAACAGAGGAAGACGACCGAAUGGUGGCUUGGCAUAUGAUUCCUCACAGCCAAGAUUGGAAAGAUGCAUAUUUAGAGAAGAAAGAGAUCCAUCGUCAGCGAACAAAAGGUUUACCAAACCAAACCCAACCCACAUAG